GGUUUCAGAGUUUCAGCUGCUGAGAAUAGAAACGACCAUAAUUCAGACCUUUGAGUUUGUCUCCACCCAGAGGAGCAGAGAGGAACUGCAGGUGAUGGAAGGAACAAUAACUCAUCACUGAUUGGCUCCUGUUUUCACCUUUGCCACGCCCCAUUUACCUGAUGAAGAUCACCAUUCCAGGGUUAUUUAUUUAUUCUGGUAGGAGGAGUUGGUGUAUCCAUGUCUGUCGGACUUUAUUGGCUCCUUGUUUACAGCUCUUCUUCUUCUGUGGUUUCGUUAAUGUUUUUGUUUUUGUGUUUUCUGAAAUAUUAUUGUUGUGUUUUGUCCGGUGUUGUUGUGUUCGGCGCCUCAGGGUUUCCGAAGCUGACACACCUGUCAUCACAGAGCCUGAGACGAGGUCUGAGCUCUGAGAACAAACUCCACCCGCCUGGUGUGACAGGAGCCAUAAAACAAACGCUCAGUGGAACCCACUGCUGACACUGCAGAGUCUCAGUUUACCAGCAGGCCGCUCUUCACUUUCACUUCCUCUUCACUCGGUGGUUCUUUCACUCUUGCUCGUUGGUGUGAAUUUGUCCACAGAGGAACUUCCUGUUCUCUCCGAACACAGACACGUUCUGUGUUUUCAGGACUGACCCGGACUCUCUCCGGUUUCCUGGACCUCCUGAACCAACAGACGGUAAGAGGGUGACAGAGUCCUAAUCCAGACCGGUGAGGACGAGUCAGGCUGUUACUGCUUGGUCUGGUUGUGCUGCAGAUCAGCUGACUGGGUGUGAUGGCAGAACCACAGCAGACCACCACACACCAGACGGAGACGGAGCGGCCUCUAGCUUCAGAUGAAGCUCCCAGUUGUUCCAGUUUGACCACUAAGGAGCUGCAGCAGAACCUGAGGGCAGUGAAGCAGAGACAGCGGCUCGUCAGACUGAUGUUUGAAAUCCCCUCCACUCGCAUCGUUGACCGGGCUCUGUCUAAAUAUGUGGUGUAUGAGAUUGUGGUGAUGCGUUCAGGCAGCUUCGAUUCCCACCGUGUUUCUGUUGAGCGCCGUUAUAGCGACUUUUCCCGCUUCCACCACAAACUGCAGGAGGAGUUUGGCGAGGAGCUGGAGGAGGUGCUCCUCCCCCGCAAACUGCUGACGGGGAACUUCAGCCCUGACAUCAUCUCUGAGCGCCGCCUGGCCCUCCAGGAUUACUUGGCGAAGCUGUACUCUGUUCGCUGCGCGCGACACUCGCCGCACUUCCCCACGUUCUUCACCGAGCAGGAGCAGCGGCGGGCGCACAGUCUGCUGAGGGCGGGGCAGUUUCAGGCGGCUCUGCAGCAGCUGCAGGUGGUUCUGGAGAUCCAGGAGAAGCUGUUACCGUGGCAGAGCCCCACCCUGAUCGUACCCACCGUCUGCGCCCUCGCCGUCUGUUAUCGGGACCUGGAGCAGCCGGAGCAGGCGUUCGCCGCCGCUCAGAGGGCGCUGCCUCCGGUGCGGCGGUACGGACUCAAACGCUACAGGGCGUCUCUGCUGGACCUGCUGGUGGAUUUAGGGUACGAGCUGGGUCGGCCUGUGGCCCAGAUCCAGGACGAGCUGACGGCGCUGAGAGACGCUGAGAGAGGAGAGGUGACCUCCCGCUCUCUGAAGGAGCUGGUCGUUCAGGAGUUUGUCUGAAGACAAGGCGGAUUACCGGACCCUGACCUUGGACCUCGGGCCUGGGCCCCGGACCCUGGCCCUGACCCCGGGCCCUGACCCUGGCCCCGGACCCUGGCCCUGACCCCGGGCCCCGGACCCUGGCCCUGACCCCGGGCCCCGGACCCUGGCCCUGACCCCGGGCCCUGACCCUGGCCCGGGACCCUGGCCCUGGCAGGGUUGGUUUGUCUCUGUGCCUGGACAGACUGGACUGAACGGAGGACAGAAGCAGUAACUUAUAUAAAUACUGAUGUUUAUAUUUUCCUGAACCAUCAGGAACAAAGUGAAUCUUGAGUUCGUGACAUCGAACCCACUGAGCGAGGACAGAGACGGACUGUCCUUUACGUCAGAUGAUGUCCAGUAUAUUUGCUGUGUGAUGUUGAUGUGAUGUUGAUGUGCAUCAACCUGCUGCUGUUCCACACAGAUUACUCAACACUCAAACUGUUUCAACAAAACGAAGGAAACUGCUGAGAAUCUGAAAUUACCCAAGAACCGAUUUCACUGUUUGUUCCGUUUUUCUUGAGGUCACUCACUGCGAACUUCCCGCCACAUACACACUAAUGUAAACAUCUGCAAAGGUCCUGGAACCAUCAUGAAACUUUAAGAGUCACUGUGUAAAAACUUUGACGGUUAUUUAAAUGUUGGACACAAGAAAAACUGAAGGAAAGUUUCUGAACAUUUUGACUUUUGAAAAGAGUUUCCAGCUGAAAGUAUGAAUGAGUAGAAGCGGUCUGAAAUAAAAGUAUGAAAUAUAUCAAUAAACUGUAUAUCAUUAUCUGGUGUAAUACACCUGAUAAUGUUCUUAAUGUCCUUAUGACUCUUUAUACCUUAUUUUACUGUGUCAUUUCUAUGACGUUUUUAAUGCUUUAUUAUACUAUGACUUUCUUUUUUUACUUUAUUGCCAUAUUCCAACAGUAGCAGGCAGAAGCAGCUUCGCCUCACAUACAUGCACCCAUACAGUAGGUAGGAGAGCACCUUGUAGGAGCAGAGCCCUCCCCCAAAUACCUCACUUCAGAUAUGCAUACACCUGCAUACACCUGCAUACACCUGCAUACACCUGCAUACACACAUACAUAUAUACAAAUACAUCUACACACACAUACACACACGUGCAGAUACACAGACAUAAGGCAAAGAUCCUAACUAACGUGGUCGAUAACUGAAGCCCAUCUUGUAAAAUGAGCUUCCUGCAGCUGGGCAGUCAUGUGACUCAGCACACAGACAUGUUUGACCUUUUCUAGCCACUGAAGGACUGUCGCAGGGUCACGCUUCAUCCAACUUAUAGUCAUUGUUUUUCUUGCAACCAUUAACAGAUAUUUUAGUAUGUAACACUGAUAUGUAUUAAACCAGUGUUCAGCCAUUAUUUCCAGUAAAUACAACAGUGGGUCCAUGGAAAUGUUUCUCUCCAAGGUUUUGUCCAAUUCUUCUUUAAUGUUUUUCCAAAAUGUCUGUAUUUUUAGGGCAGUCCAAGAAAAUAUAUAUAUAUAUAUAUAUAUAUAUAUAGAAUAUCCCAGACCAUACAACAGUUUCUUUGUUGGUAUAAUUGUUCUAUGAUGUUUUUGAUGCCUUACUAUACUAAUGAUUAGUUUUACAUUUAUGUGACUUCUACAAUCAAACUUUGUGAUUCUGGAUGAAAUGUAACAAACUUUUUUUCAUCAUAUCAAACAUUCAAACUUCAAACAAACAAGUCUGAAGUACUGGAAUGUAUCCCAGCAUGCACUGGGAGGAAACAGUCAACCUGUCAGACUGUUGCAGCGUCCUCACUGAGCUAUGAAGGAUUAUUUUACAUCUCUACUGUAAUUUAUACUUGUUACUAAAUAAGAUUUAUCCACCUCUUUAUGAUGCAACUUGUGACAGUGAAGUUCACCUGCACCUUCAUUCACACCUGUGUUCUAGUUUUAAUUUGUCAGUUACAGUUGAUUGUAAAUUGUUAAAAUUAAUGCAGUUUUAAUGUGAAAUAAA